GCUGUUUGGGCCGUCCGAUUUGCUGGUUGGGUUUCGUCCCUCCUACCUUGCUUGCGAGUAGCUUCUUCUUCCCCGAUCUCCUCUCGCCCGUCCCCUCGGCUCGCGGCGGCGAUUUCUUUCGCGCCUUGCAGUUGCAGGAAUCGAAUCGAAUCGAAUCGAAAUCGAGUUCAAAGCCAAAGCAAGAACAGGGUGGCUAGGGUUUUGUGGAGUCCCAAAAUCUGACGGAGUGCAGAACAGGAUUCUAGCGAUUUCCCGGCGUGAUCCACCGGGGAAGGAAGGAGGCAUCGUCGUAGGCUUAAGCUGCCAUGUGGCUGCUAGCGUUGCAGCGGCUCACCCCCCUGCGGCGUGACCGGCGGCGGCAUCGACGGCGAAACCGACCCCUCAAUGGAUCGAUUGCUGCAGUGGAUAAAAGAAAGGGCUUGCCCUGUCAACAAGAUGGUCAUGGUGAUUCCAACGCUGCCAAAAGAAUGAGACGUUCAAUCCCAGCGCUUCCAGAGGACAUUUGGCACCAUAUACAUUCCCUAUUGCCACUGCGUGAUGCUGCUCGUGCUGCUUGCUUGUCUCACGCCUUUCUACGUUUCUGGAGAUGCCAUCCUGUUCUCACCUUGAAUAGGCCCACCCUUUAUUCAAAGGCAAAUGCGCCUGAAGAGAAUUCGAGCUGCAUAAUUGACAACAUCAUGAGGAACCACACAGGCACUGGCAUUAAGAUAUUCAAGCUUGAAUGUAUUUACGAUGCCUGUAAUUAUCUCGACAGUUGGCUCCAGAUCGCUGUUACACCAGGGAUUGAAGAACUCACCCUUAGGCUAUGUUAUGGAGACGAUAUGAAGUACAAUGUUCCAUGCACACUUUUAUCUGAUGGGGUUCGAAACACUAUCCGGUGUCUUCAACUUUCCUGGUGUGCCUUCCAUCCCGCAGCUGAACUUGGUCCCAUGAGAAAGCUAACGAGUUUGUGCCUGCAUUCUGUGCAUAUUUUGGGGGAUGAGUUAGAGUACUUUCUUUCUAACUCUCCUGCUUUGAAGCAGUUAGACCUGAUUCACUGCCAGGAGAUAAUAUGCCUGAAGAUACCUUGCGUGCUGCUGCAGCUCCACUUCUUGAAGGUUUCUUUUUGCUGGAAGCUGCGGAUGAUAGAGAGCAAAGCUCGGAAUCUCUCCAGUUUUAUCCUUGAAACAGGACCGAGGGAAACAAAAGUCUCACUUGGAGAGACAUUGCAAAUGAAGAACCUGCAGUGCAUGUCCAGUUCAAACUUCAUCUGUUAUGCCCGUGCCGAAUUGCCAUCCAAUAUGCCAAACCUUGAGACUCUUUCCAUCGGUUCGAAUCGGGAGAUGGUUGCUACACCAAUGCUGCCUACCAAAUUCCAAUUCCUCAAGCACCUGUCAAUUUCUCCGCCAUCCUAUGAUUAUUUUUCUCUCGUUUCUUUUCUUGAUGCUUCUCCCUCCUUGAAGACUUGGCUGUUGGAUAUAAGGCGGUUUUCAUUCGAUCCUGCAAAUAUGGAGCAAGAGUCGAUUUUCGGAGGCUCGUCACAGCUGAGGCAGAUGCCUGAACAGCACCAUGGCUGCCUCAAGAGCAUGGAGAUCAAAGGCUUCUACUCAGCCAAGAGCUUGGUUGAGCUAACAUGCUAUAUUCUCAAGAACGCCAAGUCACUUGAUUGCCUUAGACUGGACACCACUCUCGGUGAUCCCAAGUGUGACUCCCAACCGCCCGGCGGCGAGUGCCUUGAGAUGGAUGAGGAUUUUGUCAUGGAAGCUCGCAGAGGUGCCGAGGCUAUCAGAACAUACAUCCAGGAUAAAGUUCCGCCUACAGUUAAGCUGACUGUUGUGGAGCACUGCAGGCGAUGCCAUCUCCAUCUCCAUUCUGAUAAUUUAUCUGAAUAAUAUUAGGUGCACCAGGUAGCGUGUUAGAAUUAAUCUUUAGCUUAGCCUUGGAUGAACCAAGAUUUGUUUCUUGGAUGGCAGGGCCAGUUCAAUGUUUUAUGUCACAGUAAGUAGGUGCAGCGUGUACCAUCAUGUUUAGAUGCUUUGUUUCUUGUGUUAUAGGACCUGUGUUUCUUUGGUA